AUACUUUCUUCAGUACAAAUACUUGUACUCCCCUUGCAGUGUGGGCCGUAGCGACUGACUGCCUGGGGACCUGUCGUUUGCGUAUUAUUGCACCACAAUCAAGCACAGAAAACAGAUCUCUACCAUCAAAAAAGAAUCACCUUGGGUAUGAAAGGCAUACGAGUUGGAGUGCACUUGCAGUGGUACUAGCCUAGAAAAAGGAGUGCUUUCCAGGGCCAAUCCCUCCUUCACUACAGGACGAUCUCACAUGCUCGCAUUAUCAUCACAUUAUUCGUUCAACCUGGCCAUCGCUCAACGUUCUAUGCAACGAAGCCCAUCGCUUGAAUGAAACGACUCCAAACUUGAACCACAAGUUUAAGCAGUUCUAUAUUGAACGUGCCUGCCAUCCAGGGAGAAUUCUCGUUCACAGCCAGUUUCUUCGGCUUGGAAUGACUGCCCGUGCUACAAGCCGAAAGGAACGCUCUCCCUGGCUGGCGCAAGUUUGUCUACAAUGGCAUGUGGAAGCGGACUCUGGCGCGCUUCACGGUGCAGAUGUGGCAACAGAACAGCGGUGCCAACGUGAUGGCCUACAUAAGUUGACUGCUGCCGCCCAUAAACAAGCUACACAGCGAGCUAACCAACGCAGUAUGUCGUGUACAUCUUCAUGAUGGCGAACCUAACCGGCAACAUCAACCUCAUCUCCUCGGGCAUCCAAUAUGCGCUCUUCAUCGUCUUCACGACGAUCAUGUUCUUCUUCAUUAAU